UCCAUCCUCCUUUUUGGUGUUGCGCAUCUGCCACAACCUUUGACAACGACGGAAUAUCCACUCUUCAACGACCGACCGACUGACCGACCGACCGACCGAUAGCUCACGUCGCUUCGGCUGCCGACUAGCGCUUCGCCCAUAGUCCGGCUUGCAAACGACCCAUCGUUUGAGCCGACCACCUUCCUGGUGGGCAGAACACGGCGCAACGUUCUUCCCCUGACCUGUGCUGCCAAGAGCCAUGAGCAGCCGGAUGGAUGCAGGGCUUCCAGCCCAGCCGAACCUGCGAGUCACAAUCAUCGCCGCUGAUGGGUUAUACAAGCGAGAUGUUUUCAGAUUUCCCGACCCUUUCGCGGUCGUCACCAUCAACGGUGAGCAGACCAGGACAACGCAGGUUUCCAAGCGGACGUUGAACCCGUACUGGAAUGAGAGCUUCGACUUCAGAGUCAAUGAAGACAGUAUCCUCGCCGUACAAGUCUUUGACCAGAAGAAGUUCAAGAAGAAGGACCAGGGCUUUCUUGGUGUCAUCAACAUUCGCAUCGGAGAUGUCAUUGAACUGGUGGCCGGAUCAGAUGACCAGAUGCUCACGCGAGACCUUAAAAAGUCGACCGAUAACCUUGUGGUACACGGAAAGUUGAUCAUCAACCUCUCUACCAACCUGUCAGCUCCCUCCCGCGUGCCGCAACCAUCAUCUAAUCGGCCGGCACUCCUCAGUCCGCAGGCUUCUACCAUCUCCAACGGCGACCGCGCUUCUGAGCGACCCGCGUCCGCCAUGUCAGGCGCCAACGGUACGCCGGCAUCGGGUGCACAGCAGACGUUGCCACACCGCCCGGCAAGCUUAAGCUCGACGCAGUCAACCACUACACCUCAAAUGAAUGGCUCAGCGAACACCCGACAGCCGAACAACGCUUCGCUGAGCCCAUUCGAGGAUGCGCUGGGCCGGCUUCCAGCCGGGUGGGAGCGUCGUGAGGACAACCUCGGAAGAACCUACUAUGUCGACCAUAACACGAGGACGACAAGCUGGAACAGACCGACAGGCGCCACAGGUGCGGCCGAGGCGCGCACGGCUGAAGCAAACACGCAGGUUGAGCGGCAGCGGCACCAGAACCGAACGCUGCCCGAGGACCGGACCGGCUCGAACUCGCCAACGCUGCAGGCACAGCAGCAGGCCGCGCAGGCCGCCACCGCCACCACCAUGAUGCACACGGGAACUACUACUGCAGGGACAGGCGAGCUCCCUCCCGGCUGGGAACAGAGGUGGACGCCCGAGGGCAGGCCGUACUUCGUCGACCACAACACCAGAACGACUACUUGGGUGGAUCCGCGACGCCAGCAAUACAUCCGAAUGUACGGCGGGCAGAACGCGAAUGGAACCAUCCAGCAGCAGCCGGUUUCGCAGCUUGGUCCCCUGCCCAGCGGUUGGGAGAUGCGGCUGACAAACACGGCGCGUGUGUACUUUGUGGACCACAACACCAAGACGACGACAUGGGAUGACCCCCGACUACCCUCCUCGCUCGACCAGAAUGUGCCGCAGUACAAGCGCGAUUUCCGCAGGAAGCUGAUUUACUUCCGGUCGCAGCCCGCCAUGCGGAUCCUUUCCGGCCAGUGCCAUAUCAAGGUCAGGCGGUCGCACAUUUUUGAGGACUCGUUUGCCGAGAUCUCGCGGCAGUCGCCCACCGAUCUCAAGAAGCGAUUGAUGAUCAAGUUCGAUGGCGAGGACGGCUUGGAUUACGGAGGACUUUCCAGAGAGUUCUUCUUCCUGCUCUCGCACGAAAUGUUCAACCCGUUCUACUGCCUAUUCGAGUACUCGGCGCACGAUAACUACACACUGCAGAUCAACCCUCACUCGGGCAUCAACCCGGAGCAUCUCAAUUAUUUCAAGUUUAUCGGGCGGGUGGUCGGGCUGGCCAUCUUCCACCGUCGGUUCCUGGAUGCCUUCUUUAUCGGGGCACUGUACAAGAUGAUUCUCGGCAAGAAUGUGGUGUUGGCCGACAUGGAGGGCGUAGAUGCCGACUUCCACCGGUCGCUGCAGUGGAUGCUGGACAACGAUAUCUCGGGCGGCAUUCUGGAGCAGACCUUCUCAACCGAGGACGAACGGUUCGGCGUCGUGACGGUCGAGGAUCUGAUCCCCAACGGGCGCAACAUCGAGGUGACCAACGAGAACAAGAAGGAGUACGUCGACCUCAUGGUCAAGUGGCGCAUCCAGAAGCGCGUGUCGGAGCAGUUUGAAGCGUUCAUGGAGGGCUUCCACGACCUGAUCCCGCAGGACCUCAUCGGCGUGUUCGACGAGCGCGAGUUAGAGUUGCUGAUUGGCGGCAUCGCCGAGAUUGAUGUUGACGACUGGAAGAAGCACACCGACUACCGCGGCUACACCGAGUCGGACAAGGUCAUCCAGUUCUUCUGGCAGACGGUGCGGUCCUGGGACGGCGAGCAAAAGUCGAGGUUGCUGCAGUUCACGACGGGCACGUCGCGUAUUCCUGUCAACGGCUUCAAGGAUCUGCAGGGUAGUGACGGGCCGAGACGGUUCACGAUCGAGAAGGCGGGUGACAUCACAAAUCUGCCCAAAGCGCAUACUUGUUUCAACCGGCUGGAUCUCCCUCCUUAUGAAACCCUCGAGAUGCUGCAACAGAAGUUGACUAUGGCGGUGGAGGAGACGAUGGGCUUCGGACAGGAGUGAGUGUUUGAUGC